AACUGAGAACAGAGGGGUAACAAGCUCAUUUCGAGUGACAAAUCCCGAGGACACUCACACUACUGCAGAGACACGGAGAAGUUACCGAUUCAGAAGACUUUUAAUUUGUGACUCAUGUUUACUCACACUUGACUUAGGAGGAACAGGCACUCUUCUGCAUACAGUACCUCUUUUCCGCAUAAUAUGACUCCUUUAAAACCGAAAGGAGGAACUCUUUUAGGAAAUCUGCUAUCAGGCAUCUUUUUUUAUCCUCUUUUCUAAAAGUAUUAAAGGGAAAUAUGUUUAUAAUAUUAGUAACUUUUUCUCGCUCAGUUUCCCCCUCUUUCCCUUUAAAGUCUUGAGUCACUUUAUCCUCCUACAGCUGCUGCUCUGCUCUGUUAGAGAAGGAAUGCUGUCAGUAUGGUGCAGAAACUUUCUGCUGUGCGUGCUGUGUCCAGAUUGUGUUGUUUGAUGUGGGGGUCAGCAUCUCAUUUUUAGCAUAAAGCGAAGAUAAUCUGCUUCCUGUUUAUUUCCAGUGAGGAAGUUAUAGAUACAUUAUGAUAAAAGGGAAAUUAAGCAGGACAACAAAGAAAUAUAGUAUAGUACAAAUUUGUUGAACUUUGUUAAAACGUCCUAAGUCAAGAAGUCAACACAAUUUGAAGAAACUAGAAAUUAACUCCAGUUUCCCACAAGCACCCCACCUUUCCCACCCUUUCCUCUCCAGUGAUCUCCCUCAGUAGCAGGCGUAGGGAUAGAGGAAGGAAGCUGAACAGAGAACCAGUAUAGUUGGGAGAAGCAAAUUGAAGACCACUUGGGAAGCCAUGAUCAGAACACUUGGACUGUUAAUGCUCCUGUCUGCUCUCUGCUGCAGCCUAGCGGACAACGUGGAGCCGCUCCGCACUAAGAGAGGGACUCGUUUUUACAGAGGUGAGCCUGACAGGCAGCCAGCCAGACGGACACUUUUGAUUAUUCAUAUCGAGAAGUCUUCACCUUCCUUUGACACCUCCUUACAUUGUGUGGAUAGUGAGACGUCAGCAGUGCAUAGUUUUGGGGACACUUGGCUUCGAUGGAAGGGACAGCGUGUGGAGUAUUGCCGUUGUGCAUUAGGAGGACAAGAGCAUUGUCAUAUUGUCCCCGUCAUCAACUGCUACGUGUCUCAGUGCUACAACGGAGGAACCUGUAAGGAGGCUGUGUACACUUCAGACUACAUUUGCCAGUGUCCUCCAGGCUUCAGUGGGACUCAGUGUGAGAUUAACACCAAUGAGAAGUGCACUGUGGGGCAGGGUGAAGGGUACCGCGGCACAUGGAGCAUUAGCCAUUCAGGAGCAGAGUGCAUCAACUGGAACUCUACGUCUCUUAGAGGAAGAAAGUUCACAGCUAAAAAAGGGGACGCCGGCAGUCUUGGACUGGGCAAUCACAACUUCUGCAGGAACCCCGACCAGGACAGCACUCCUUGGUGUUACAUCUAUAAGGGCACUCAGAUCGUCUGGGAGUUCUGUUCUAUGCCCAAAUGUCCAGAAGAUAAGUACCAAAAGUGUGUGCUUGGCUCCGGUCAGUCAUACAGAGGCACAGCAUCUGUCACUAAGAGUGGCUCUCGUUGUCUCCCGUGGGACUCUCCUGUUGUCAAGCGCAAGGUCAACAAUGCUUGGAGAUCUAAUGCAUUGGAGCAGGGGCUGGGCAGCCACAGCUUCUGCAGGAAUCCAGACGGUGAUGAAGGUCCAUGGUGUCACACCUACAAGAACAUGCAGCUGACCUGGGAGCUGUGUGACCUACCUAAAUGCUCGAGACGUCCAUCUAUCAUCAGCACUCUCGGCCCACGUGCCCCCACCACUAACAACAAUAAUAGAGCAACAUGUGGCCAGCGCUUAGACAACACCCUGAAUCGCCCGGCGUUCCGCAUGUUUGGGGGCAGAGAGAGCGACAUCACGGAGCAGCCGUGGCAGGCAGCCAUUAAUGUUUACCAGGCCCGCCACAGAAAACACUUUCACCGAUGUGGUGGAGUCCUCAUUGACUCGUGUUGGGUCCUGUCUGCUGCACACUGCUUCGAGGACAAUGAUAAAGCAGAAAAAUUGGAAGUGAUUUUGGGACGAACGUUUCGGAAGCAGAAUUCCACCAGCGAGCAGAUUUUCAAGGUUGAGAAGUACUGGAUCCACGAGAAAUUUGACAACGAAACAUUUGACAAUGACAUCGCUCUCUUGAAGCUGAAGACGGACAUUGGCAUCUGUGCUGUAAACUCUCCGGAGGUUCUUCCUGCGUGUCUGCCUGAACGUGGGCUGGUUCUGCCCGACUGGACCGAGUGUGAGAUCUCAGGCUAUGGAAAAGACUCGGAAUUUUCUGCAGAGUACUCUGAGCGUGUUAAGAGAGGUUACGUUCGCCUGUGGCCCAAAGAGCGCUGCGUCCCAGAUGUGCUGUCUGGGCGCACAGUUACCUCCAACAUGUUGUGUGCAGGUGACACCCGAGGCCUGGAUGAUGCCUGCAAGGGAGACUCUGGUGGCCCGCUCGUCUGUCGGAACAAUAACAAGAUGACUCUGAUGGGUGUGAUCAGCUGGGGUGAUGGGUGCGGGCAGAAGGAUAAGCCUGGGGUCUACACCCGUGUCACCCAUUACAUCAACUGGAUCAACGGCAAAAUUAAGGCAAACCCGGUCUAAAGUAAGAGAGACUGCAAAGAAGAUGUUGAUGGAUGACCAUACCUAUAAACACAGUGGGUAAAACAGCAAACGCAGAUAUGUUUAUCAUUGAGAAGAUAGACAGAGGGAUCCACAGGACUCUUAUUCUGUUGUUAAUCUGUUGAUGUAAAUCCAAAAUGAUGGCGGUUUUAAACCAGCAGGACCACUCCUACAGAGGUGCAUAAGAAGGACCUCAAUCGUGAGUUUUCAUGCUAAAUGUAGCUCAGAGCUCUAAAGUUUGCCUUACUGUGUUGAAUGUGACAGUAUAUAUGGACAGAAACACAGGACAAACCCUUUUUCCUCCUUCUGGGCCAUUUUGAUCUGGAUAAUCCUUUUUUGUCUCUUCACGCAUACAACAUUUUCUAAAUAUUGCAUCCACCAAACUGGAGGUUCAAUCAGUGAACCUACAGUAACAGGAAGAAUAGGAAAUAUCAGUAUUUUUCUCUGCUCUUUCUGGUUGGCUUUAUGCUGGUUUAUACAAA